AUGACCAGUGAUUACGUAGUUCCAAUGAAAACUGGCUACAGAGGGAAGACACUGAAUGUACCUCAGCUUCAAUUUUCACAAGACUUUGCCCAUUCAAAACUACAGACAGUUCCAAACCGUCGGGUGUGCAUUGGAGGACGAGGGAGAGAAUGGUGUCCCAUGGCCUACAAUGUUCUUAAGGAGAUGUCGAAGAAUGAUGAGAUCAGUGUGCUCAUGCAGCCUGUCGACGCCAUCAAACAUCCAGAAUACUACACGAUGGUAGCCGAUCCAGUGGACCUGUCAAAGAUCCAACUGAAGUUUCAUAAUGGCUGCUAUUCAUCUAUUAAUACAUUCAUCGAGGAUGUCAACCUUAUGUUCAACAAUUAUUUUCUCAUUUUUGAAGAUAAAUCUCCGAUGCACAGCAACUUACAGAAGGCCAAAUUAAAAUUUGAAGAGGAAAUGGGAAAGAUCAAACAACUUUAUGGAAUGAACAAAACUUUCAACCGUUUCACAUUUCCAAAAACGAUUUCUGAGAGGAUCGAUGCCAUAGAAGCUGAAAACCGAAGUGUUCUUGGCGUGCCUUUCAUCAUUCCAUCGCCAUCCAGCACAUCUCUACUCACAUCGUCGUCGUCUUCCUCAUCUCUAGUAACUACUUCCACUUUUUACAAUUAA